UCAAUGGUUUCUGCUCUUUACAUUGAGGGCACUGGACAAAGCUCAGUCUGGGAAGGCUCUGUGGCUGAAGAGGUGACAUGUCCUUUUGGGUUUUUUUUUUUUUUGCCUCCUCCUGCCAUGGCACUGCCUGCCAUUGACCUCCCCUGCCCUGCCCUCAGGUGACCAUGGGCACACAUCACCUGCUGAGCUCUCUCUGUCCAUCCCAGUGUCUUAAUUACUGUAGCUUUAUAGAAAAUCCUGGAAUUUGGGGACAUCACUUUCAGCUUUCUUCUCUUGUUUAAGUUUGCUUAAUAGUUGCAAACUUUCUGGAAGGUGAGUCUUGUGGGAGGCUCAAGUUUCAUAGAUCACGACCCUCAGAAGAAAGGAACAAUGGGGAGGUGGAGCCAAUCUCCGCACAGAAUACAGCUUGCUGUGGAACAAGAGGUAGCGUGACUAAAAUCACUCCUCAAACCAAGAUGAAGGAGGAGGUACAUACUAUGGCUAGCUCCAGUUUUACAAGUGAAGAGACUGAGGCAGAGGCAUGAAGAAGAACAGACAUGAAACAAAACAGGAAGGUCUGUUGCUCCAAAUAUAUCAUAGAAUUGGAUGAUGCGAAAACCUUCACCAAACUUGGGACCCAGGCACCAUUCACAUCUGGAUGUGCUGCAAUGGAGGAAGCAUCAAAUCAUUAUUUAGUCAAACAUCAAAGUGGCUGGCACAUCACGAUUCCACUGACAGCCUCGACCCGGAUGCUUUGGAGCUGUUCAAACGGACCGAUUCAUCCUCAGAAGGUCUGUGGUCUAAAGCAAUAAUAAAAAAAAAAUGGCCAGAGGAUCAGUGUCCGAUGAAGAAAUGUUGGAGCUCAGAGAAGCAUUUGCCAAAGUUGAUACUGAUGGCAGUGGGUACAUCAGCUGCAAUGAGUUGAAUGACUUAUUCAAGGCUGCUUGCUUGCCUCUGCCUGGUUACAGAGUGAGAGAAAUUACAGAAAACCUAAUGGCUACAGGUGAUCUGCACCAGGAUGGAAAGAUCAGCUUUGAUGAGUUUAUGAAGGUUUUUCAGGGCCUGAAAAGCACAGAGGUUGCCAAGACCUUUAGAAAAGCAAUUAAUAAGAAGGAAGGGAUUUGUGCGAUUGGAGGCACUUCUGAGCAGUCUAGUGUUGGCACCCAACAUUCCUAUUCAGAGGAAGAGAAGUAUGCCUUUGUCAACUGGAUAAAUAAAGCCCUGGAAAAUGACCCCGAUUGUCAACAUGUAAUCCCAAUGAAUCCAAACACGAAUGAUCUCUUUAAUGCUGUUGGAGAUGGCAUUGUCCUUUGUAAAAUGAUCAACCUUUCAGUUCCAGACACAAUUGAUGAAAGAACCAUCAACAAAAAGAAACUCACUCCUUUCACUAUUCAGGAGAAUUUGAACCUGGCUCUGAACUCUGCCUCAGCCAUAGGGUGCCACGUGGUGAACAUAGGGGCUGAGGACUUAAAAGAGGGAAAGCCUUACCUGGUGCUGGGACUUUUGUGGCAGGUCAUCAAAAUUGGGUUGUUUGCUGACAUUGAACUCAGCAGAAAUGAAGUUCUGGUUGCUCUUUUGAGAGAAGGGGAGAGCCUGGAAGAUCUGAUGAAACUCUCUCCAGAAGAACUCCUGCUGAGAUGGGCUAAUUAUCACCUGGAAAAUGCAGGCUGUGGCAAAAUCACCAACUUCAGUACCGACAUCAAGGAUUCAAAAGCAUAUUACCACCUGCUUGAACAGGUGGCUCCAAAAGGAGAUGAAGAAGGUAUUCCUGCUGUUGUUAUUGACAUGUCUGGACUAAGGGAAAAGGAUGACGUCCAGAGGGCAGAAUGUAUGUUGCAACAGGCGGAGAGGCUAGGCUGCCGGCAGUUUGUCACAGCCACAGAUGUUGUUCGAGGAAACCCCAAGUUGAACUUGGCUUUCAUUGCCAACCUCUUUAACAGAUACCCUGCCCUGCACAAACCAGAGAACCAAGAUAUUGACUGGGGGGCACUCGAAGGUGAGACGAGAGAAGAGCGGACAUUUAGGAACUGGAUGAACUCCUUGGGCAUUAACCCUCGAGUCAAUCAUUUGUACAGUGACUUAUCAGAUGCCCUAGUCAUCUUUCAGCUCUAUGAAAAGAUUAAAGUCCCUGUUGAUUGGAACAGAGUAAACAAACCACCAUAUCCCAAAUUGGGGGGCAAUAUGAAGAAGCUUGAGAAUUGUAACUAUGCAGUGGAACUGGGAAAGAAUCAAGCCAAAUUUUCUCUGGUUGGCAUUGCUGGACAAGAUCUCAAUGAGGGAAACCGUACUCUAACCUUGGCCUUGGUUUGGCAGUUAAUGAGAAGGUACACACUGAAUAUUCUUGAAGAAAUUGGAGGUGGACAGAAGGUCAAUGAUGACAUUAUUGUCAACUGGGUGAAUGAAACAUUGAAGGAAGCAGGGAAAAGUUCAUCCAUCUCGAGUUUCAAGGAUCCAAAGAUUAGUACAAGUCUGCCAGUCCUAGAUCUCAUUGAUGCCAUUCAACCAGGUUCUAUUAACUAUGACCUUUUGAAGACAGAAAGCUUGAAUGAUGAAGAGAAACUCAACAAUGCGAAGUACGCCAUCUCUAUGGCCCGAAAAAUUGGUGCAAGAGUAUAUGCCCUUCCAGAAGACCUGGUUGAAGUGAACCCCAAAAUGGUCAUGACAGUGUUUGCCUGCCUGAUGGGGAAAGGGAUGAAGAGGGUGUAAGAGGGUGGGGCAGGGCUGGAGAAGGCACUCUCAUUCCUAACUGCUCAGCUCAAGAUGCCAACAGAAAACCCAGGAAGAUAACAGCUGUUCCAAGUUUUAACUUGCUAGCGUUAUAUGAGAUUUGAAAAAGGGUAUAUUUGGCCAACCAAGUGGGCCUGUUUGUAACAAAAAAUUAUUCAUGCUUUGCAAAUGCCAUUUCUUGCAAAUAUUUUUUAUCAAUGAAUUUAUUGCUUUUUAGAAAAUCUGCAGAGAAAAACAUCUUAAUUUCCAGGCACCCUUCCUGCUUUAGCCAUAGUCCUAUAUAGAAGCUUUGGUGUUUUUAAUUUUACCAUAACCUUGCAAACCAGUUUAUUUUGAUUUUGACUGCCUUUCUCUUCAAGUCAAGGACCGGCUGGGAGAGUCAUCAUACUAGCCCACUAGUCCAAAAGCCUGUUUUUAGAAGCCGAUAUUUGCUGUUUUUAGACUUUCUAACCCCCUUCUCUUAUGCCCUAUGACUUUGCUCUUCCCCCUUUCACAACUUUCUCUAUAGCCCACCUCUGCUAGACCUCCCUCAUCUCUGGGCCAUUUGGAGCAUCUGACAAAUCUGUCAGGCUAGUGGGACCUCAAGCAUCUCUGGCAACUUGCUAAAAUAAUCAUCAGAGCCUUUCCUCAGAACUGGAAUCAUCAGUUUCUUGUGUGUUGUUUCUGGCCAAUUGGAUACCCUCUGUUUUUAACCCUAGGAUUUGGGUUCAGGCUAGAUCUAGCAUCUUUGAAUAUUGUGCCUUCAGAUGUUUGGCAGGUGAGCUCUAAGGAGCAUGUAAUGUGUCAAUGAGCCACUAGGGGGCAUUGAGAAACCAGUCCUCUGGGGUACUGCCUCUCCCUGUAUUUAGUGUUGAAGGUUAAAUCUAGCUGUUGUGAUAUGGCUAAACAAUCCGGCUCCUUUUUAUUUGUUCUUGCAUAGUGCAUCUGAUUACUGCCAGGACACAUUAUCAAUGGCUACUUUUUUGGUACGGUAGAAGCUUUUUGUCACCCUCUCCCCACCUCCCAGGUGGCAUAUGUGCCAAUGAAGAGUACCCCCAGCUCUCUCUGUCCCCUUAUACUCACUCUCAUGCAAAGAAAUUGGCCAGGUAUCAAGCUGGUCGAGGUGAUGAGAAAAUAUAUUAUUGAGUAAAUGAAUAUAAUAAAGAUUCCAGCAGAACUUCCAGCCCAGGUGCAAUGAACACUCCAAUGCAGGCAUAAUUAACAAGUUUGCUUACUUACAGCUCUUUCCCUUUAAAGAUUCAUGGCCAGGGCCUCAGCACUCUUAUCUAAACAAAGUUGCAGUCAGAUAACCUGUUUUUUGACAUUUGGGUUGUGUCCAUAGCUUACCUAUUGUAAACAAUGCUGCAAUAAACAAGGGGUGCAGGUGUCCUUUGGAAUCAAUGUUUUUGUGUCCUUUAGGUAGAUCCCUAAGAGUGGAAUUGCUGGAUCAUAUGGUAGCUCCAUUUUUAGUAGACUGAGGAACCUCCAGACAGCUUUCCAUUGUGGUUGGACCAGUUUGCACUCCCGCCAGCAAUGUAGGAGAGUUCCAUUUUCACCACAUCCUCGCCAUCAUUUGUUGUUGCUGUUUUUUUGAUAUGUGCCAUUCUUACUGGUGUAAGAUGGUUCUCAGUGUGGUUUUGAUUUGCAUUUCCCUGAUUAUAAGGGAUGUGGAAGAUAUUUUUAUAUGCCUGUUGGCCAUUUGCAUUUCCUCUUUGGAGAAAUGUCUUUUAAUUUCUUCUGCCCAUUUCAUGACAGGUUUGUUUACUUUGUUUUUGUUAGAGUAAUGUGAGUUCUUUGUAUAUCUUUGUGAUCAGUACCUUAUCAGUUGUAUGGAGUGCAAAAAUGUAGGAGCAGGAAGGCCGCAGAGCAGGAUAUCUAUGAUUGGGGCAGACCGGGUAAAGGAGAGUCUUGAGCCAUUGGUGUCUUUCUCAGGCUUUUAUUGCGCUUUUACAUGUAGUGCAGCAACCAGGUACACGGAAGGCAGGGAGACCAGGAGGCCCAUAGCCAUCCAAGCCCCAGGCAAGUCUUCACUCUGGGCUUCUGGCAUUCUUUCUCCUGUUCUGUCCCAUUCUUUCUCCAGCUUCUGCUUGUCUUGGUGAAUAUCUCAAUACUCCAGCCAUGGCCCAUAGAAGUAAACAACAUAACUUAUAACUGUAACAGGGCCUCCCCUGGUGGUGCAGGCGAUUGAGCACCAUGCUGUGAAACUGUCCACAGCCUCUGCAGCACGUGUUCAAUCCCAGCUGGCUGGCGAGGGUCCCACAUGGCACGGCAGACCUCUCUGUUGCUCCCGCUGCUCUCCUCAGCAGUGUAUUUCGUCAGUCUGCCUAUUCUGUUCCCCGCUCUGUCUCUGGUGAAUCCUCUCACCCUCCCACGCAUCUGGCCUGUCCCGGUUAUUGUGUAAAUAAAUAAAUCUUUUAAAAAAAAAAAAAAAAACACUGGCCUCCCCGGUGGUGCAGUGGUUGAGCGCUGGGUUGUGAAGCUGCCCGCAGCCUCUGCAGCGCCGUGGCUGCUGGGCGAGGGUCCCACAUGGCACCCAGACCUCUCCUGCCCCCCGCUGCUCCCCUCAGCAGUGUACUUCGUCGAUCUGCCUGUUCUGUACCCCGCUCUGGCUCUAGUGAAUUCUCUCACCCUCCCAUGCUUCUGACUGUACCCAGUGCUUGUAUUUAAAAAAAAAUUAAAAAAAAUAAAACCAAUGUAACAAAUGCAGGUGCCCCAUCAGGCAGGGGAAUCCUAAUGGUGGAGGGUAGAUAAGCUUGAAAAUCAUUUACCCUACAAAGGAACGGUGGUGAUCUGUGCAUGGACGCAUUGGUGAUGGAAAUUAUAUGGGGACUACAACUGAGGGGGUGGAGGGAAGCAAAUAUUGUUUAAAAAUGAACAAUGAGGGGCCUCCCCGGUGGCGCAGCAGUUGAGCAUUGGGUUGCGAAGCUGCCGCAGCCUCUGCAGCGCCGGUUCCAUCCCCGGCCACCAGGCGAGGGUCCCACAUGGCACGCAGACCUCUCCUGCAGCAAACACUGCUCCCCUCAGCAGUGUAUUUUGUCAGUCUGCCUGUUCUGUUCCCCGCUCUGGCUCUGGUGAAUUCUCUUACCCUUCCAUGCUUCUGACUGUACCCA